AUGAAGCUCGUCAGAUUUUUGAUGAAGUGCGCCAACGAGACUGUGACAAUUGAGCUCAAGAAUGGCACCAUCGUCCACGGCACCAUCACCUCCGUCUCGCCGCAAAUGAACACGGCGCUACGCACGGUCAAGAUGACGCCCAAGGGUCAGGACGCCGUCUCUCUCGACACGAUGAACAUCCGCGGCUCGACCAUCCGAUACUUUAUCUUGCCCGACUCGCUGCCGCUAGACACGCUGCUCAUCGACGACGCGCCGAAGCCCAAGAACAAGGCGCGCAAGGAGGCCGACCGCGGCACUGGCGCACGCGGCGGCAGGGGCGGUCCUAGGGGAAGGGGAAGGGGCGGCGGACGUGGUCGCGGUCGCGGACGGGGUUAA